AUGUCUUCUCUUCCCAAUGAAAUUCUUUAUGGAUCUCCUGAAUAUCUCCACCAACAUACACACUUGAAAAGAAAGGAAGAGUCAUCUUCCUCUGGUAUGUUUUCCAAGAAGAAUGAGAAAGACAAAGAAAAUGCCACUGUACAGAGAUUGGUUUCCUAUGUUUCUACUUUCAAACCACCAACCAAACAACCAUUCAUCAUUGGUGUUUGUGGAGGAAGCGCCUCAGGAAAGACAACCGUUUGUAGAGAAAUUGUAAAAAGUUUAUCCGAUAAGAGAGUUGCUGUUAUUUCCCAAGACAGCUUCUACAGAAAUUUAACGGAAGAAGAGAGAGAACUUGCUAAAAGCAAUAUUUACGAUUUUGAUCAUCCAGAUGCAUUUGACUAUGAUGCAUUCGAGGAAUCCACCAGAGAAUUGAAGGCUGGUAACCCAGUAGAUAUACCAGUGUAUGAUUUUAAAACCCAUUCAAGAACCUCACAAACCGAACGUGUUGAAGGUGCGGAUGUUAUCAUUAUUGAAGGAAUUCUCAUCUUCUUCACCAAGGAAAUGAGAGAAUUGAUGGACAUGAAGAUAUUUGUAGAUACUGAUGCAGACGUUAGAUUGGCAAGAAGAAUUCGAAGAGAUACAAAGGAAAGAGGACGUGACCUCGAAGGUAUUUUGCUUCAAUAUGAAAGAUUUGUAAAGCCUUCGUUUGAUGAUUACAUCAUGCCAACCAAGAAGUAUGCAGAUAUCAUCAUUCCAAGAGGAGGUGCCAACACCGUUGCCAUUGAUUUGCUUGUGCAACAUAUUCAUCUCAAACUUCUCAUGUUGGAACACCAUAAGGAAUAA